AAUUAUAAGCACGGAGUCAUUUCUCUUUAGUAGUAGAGUUAAGUUUAACUUUUGUUCAAAGUCGUUAUAAAGCACAGUGUACUCAUACUGAAAUUUGACCUUUUAUCUGUUAGCAAAUACAAAGCAUAUAACGAUUAUUGACUUAACGACUUUCUGUUUUAUUUUCAGUUGUGUCGUUCAGCACGAUUGAAUCGCACUUCGUAGACAGAUACACACUUGACAAAUUAUUGAAACUACAUGUUCAUGUUAUUUUUAGAUGUGACCCGACGCGUUGAAAAGGAUUAUUUGGUUGAAUUUUGUUAACUCAAUUUUAAAAGUUGUUUCCUAAAGAUGGCAUCGUUCUGAAUCGUGGUCUAUUUUUUACCAGACAUUAUCUUUGCAAACAUGGAUGAAUGUGAAGGAACGCCGCUACAGGAGGACAAUAAACCUUCAAAAGAAAGCGAAAAUUCUCGUGACAGUGACAUAUCCGGAAUGAAGAAAAAGUCUCAGUUUUCCGGAUCUUGCAGUUUCAUGGUUUCACUGUUAGGUUAUUCUAUGGGAACCUCGGAUUUCUGGAGAUUUCCUUAUCUUGUUUUCCGAAAUGGAGGAGGAGCUUUCCUGCUACCAUUUGCAUUGUUUAUGGUGUUGGUUGGACUACCAAUGUUGUUCUUUGAAGUGUCUGUAUCGCAGUUCUCCGGAAACGGGCCUCUUAGCAUGUGGAGUAUAGCACCAUUCUUUAAAGGUAUCGGAUAUACAUUGCUUGUGAUAAACUUGCUGAACAAUGUGUACUACAAUAUUUUGAGAGCGUGGAUCCUGGAGUACUUUGUGAACACUUUCCAAGCCGAAUUACCUUGGAUUGGCUGUAAUCAUCAAUGGAACGAACAAGGAUGCGUAACUAUGAAAACUGACAAUUUCACGUCUAGCGUUACUGAACGUGACAAAAACGGAACGGAUUAUCAUUCCAGAUUGAGAAUUCCUGUCGACAACAUUUCAGAUGUGACGAAAAUGACAGCUGCUGAACAGUUUUGGCAAUACAAGGUCCUUCAGCUGUCGUCUGGACUUGGUGAUUUUGAUGGUAUUCUCUGGAACUUUGUUCUCUAUAUCUUCAUCUGGCGGUUGCUAGUCUCCCUGUGUAUGAUUAAAAGUAUUAAAUCAAUUGAAAAGGUUAUGUUUGUGACAGUAUUUGUGCCUAUAAUUCUAAUGUUGAUCAUAUGGGUCCGUUCCCUGAUGCUUGAAGGAGCCAUUACUGGUAUGUUGUACUACAUCACUCCAACAUUCGACAGGAUAACUGAUUCAAAGGUAUGGCUAGAGGCCGCGUUGAUGGCAUGUUAUACUCUUGGACCAGGCUGGGGCACCAUACCCAUGAUUGGAAGCCACAACAAGUUCCAUGGAAAUAUUAUAAGAUAUUCCGUUUUAUCAACGAUUUGCGAUUUCUUCAGCUGUAAUGAAUGGUCUCAUAUGUUUUCAUCCUUGGGAAUGCACACGACAUGGCCUGAUUGGAAGAAACAGGUGUUAUCCACAGAAACGGUCAUGAACUGCUUGGAAGAUAUGUUCCCAAAAUGGUUCAAAGGUACAAGAAGACUUUUUAUGAUUGCCUUUAUCAACGCCGGCUUCUUUCUCCUAACUAUUCCAUUUUGCACGAGGGGAGGAAUGUAUCUUUUCCAACUGUUAGACUGGUAUGCUGCUGCCUGGACACUACUGUUUGUUUGCUUCAUAGAAUGUGUCGUGUUUACCUGGGUAGUGUUGAUUCUGUCUUUUGUUCAGUACCGUCCACCAACAUACGGGAGCUAUAGUUACCCUGCAUUCGUGAAGUUAUCGGAAGAAAUAAAAAGACACUCUGAUUCCUGGGGACCAUAUGAUGACAUUGCAUGGAAGAAUACACAUGACAAAGGCAGAGAAUAUAUAGGAUUUGUCUGUACUUUCAUAUACAACCUUACAGGCAGAUCUAAGGAAACAAAAGCAGCGACAUAUCAUAGCAACGAACCACAUUUAUAUAAAGAUAUCAAAUCAACAGAUGUUUAG